AUGAAGGAGAAGGCCCUUGGCACCACCGUCGACGAGGCGGCCCCCGAGGACGCCGUGGCCCACCUCAGAAAUCUGAAGGAGCAACAUCAGUGGGAUCCUAACCUACCAGAUGAGGUCGCCGAAGAGAUUGACGAGGUUCUGGAGACUGACGGCAAGGCAGGCGGGGUGGAUGUCGCACGCGAACUCCUUGAAAACUCCCCGUAUCCGGAAGUUCGCGCUGCGGUGCCAAAUUACGAUGAGGGCGGCCACAGCAACACCAUUCGUGCCUGGGUGAUCGGUCUGUUGUUUGCGACUAUUGGGUCGGCACUGAACAUGCUCUUCUCCAUGCGACAGCCCUACAUAGUCAUCCCGUCGUAUGUCGCCCAGGUUGUCUCCUACCCUGUGGGGGUGGGGUGGGCCAAAGUGAUGCCGAACAAGGUGUUCAAAGUGUUUGGUCUCGAGUUCAACCUGAACCCGGGCCCGUUCAGCAAGAAGGAACAUGCCAUGGUUGUCAUUAUGGCUAACGCUACGUUCGCUGGUGGCGCUGCCUAUGCAACGGAUGUCCUCCUCGCCCAGCGAGCCUUCUACGGCCAACACUUCGGCUGGGCCUUCGAGAUCUUCAUGUGCAUAUCGACCCAAAUGCUGGGCUUUGGCUUCGCCGGGUUUUUCCAUCGCUUCCUGGUGACUCCCGCGGCGAUGAUCUGGCCCAGUACUCUGAUUAACACGUCGCUCUUUGCGGCCCUCCAUGAUCGUUCCAAGCCGGAUCCGCGCAAGGUCUCGGGGUGGACGAUUGGAAAGUACCGCAUGUUCUUGUACUGCAUGCUGGGAUCUUUCUUCUGGUAUUUCUUCCCGGGUUACAUCGCGCCGUUCUUGAGUGUUUUCGCCUUCGUGACGUGGAUCAAGCCGCAGAACGCGGUGAUUAACCAAGUCUUCGGUGGAUGGACGGGGCUGUCGGUGCUACCUAUCACCUUCGACUGGACCCAGAUCUCGGGGUUCAACUUCAGUCCGCUCAUUGCGCCGUGGCACGCCAUCGCCAACACGCUGAUCGGUCUGGUCGUCUUCUUUUGGAUCACCACGGCGGGCCUCCACUACAGUGGCGCCUAUUGGUCGAAGCAUCUCCCCAUCAGCGAUUCCAGCAGCUAUGAUAAUACGGGGAACGUUUACAAUGUGUCGCGGAUUCUGACCCCAGACUUCAAGUUCGAUGAGGCCAAGUACAAGGAGUAUUCGCCGCUCUUCCUGUCGACGACUUUCAUGCUCUCCUACGGUCUGUCAUUCGCCAGUAUCAUUGCCGUGCUCCUCAACGCCGGACUGUUCCACGGGAAGGAGAUCUGGGCGCGAUUCCGAAAAUUCGGCCAUGAGGAGGAGGACGUGCACGGUCGGCUGAUGGCUCGCUUCAAGCCCGUCCCCAUGUGGUGGUACCUGGCCAUUGCGCUCAUCAUGAUGGGUAUGGGAUUGGGAGUCGUGAUCGGCUACCCGACCGGGCUGUCAUGGUGGGCAUUUUUCAUUUCGUUGAUCAUGGCGGCCGUGUGGUUCGUGCCGAUCGGGAUCGUCCAAGCGUCGACCAACGUGGCCAUCGGACUAAACGUGCUCACCGAGUUUAUCAUCGGGUACAUGCAACCAGGACGCCCCAUGGCGAUGAUGCUCUUCAAGACGUAUGGGUACAUGACCAUGUACCAAGGGUUGUACUUUUCCCAGGACAUGAAAAUCGGUCACUACAUGAAAGUGCCCCCACGCGUCACCUUCGCCGCGCAAAUGGUCGCUUGUCUGUGGUCAUCGAUAGUCCAGAUCGGGGUCAUGAACUGGGCGCUGGGCGCAAUCAAGGACGUCUGCACGGCACAUCAAUCCAACCACUUCAACUGCCCCAACGGUCGGGUCUUCUUCAACGCCUCUGUCAUCUGGGGUGUCAUCGGCCCCGCGCGCAUGUUCUCCCCGGGUCAGAUCUACUCCUUCCUGAUGUGGUUCUGGCUCGUGGGCGCCAUCCUCCCCGUCGCCAUCUACUUUGGCGCGCGCAUGUUCCCCCGCACACGCAUCAGGUACCUCAGCGCGCCGCUCAUCUUCGGCGGUACGGGGCUUAUUCCCCCCGCUACGCCGCUGAACUAUCUGUCUUGGGGCGUCGUGGGUCUCGUCUUCAACAAGUACAUCCGCAACAAGUGGCGCGGGUGGUGGAUGCAGUACAACUACACCGUGUCCGCCGGACUCGACGUCGGACUGGCGCUGUGCACGAUCCUGAUCUUCCUCGCCCUGCAACUCACGCAGACGGACUUUCCAUCAUGGUGGGGCACGCGGAUGGCAGCCGAAACGAUGGACGCGGCCGGCACCGCCGUGCGAGAACCGAUUCCCAGUGGGCAGACAUUUGGCCCUGCGACGUGGUGA